ACUUUUUUUACGAUUUCCCUUCUAAACUUCACAGAGGUUUGGAGAAUUACAUGGCACCAAUACCCAAAGCUGAUGACAAUGAUAAACCAAACACAGGAGAGGAAGAUGUUGAUGUCCUGGACGUCCCUGAUCAGAUGAUCGUAGUGGACAGUUCUGAUAGCGAGGAAGGAGAGGAAGAAUUCGGAAACAAUGGCUACCAGAUGCUGCAGCAGUCCACGGCAGACUCUGAUGACGAGGAUUAUCCAGAAGAUGUAGUAUCAGGUAUUACAGUGGACUCAGGUGGAGUGGCAGUGGAUCCAGGUGGAGUAAGAUCUAGUAGUGGAGUGACAGUUGAUACUGAGUUAGAAAGGAGUACUGCGGCUGAUGAAGCAUGCAGACUUCCGUCAGGACUGCAUACUGCUGGGGGAAACACACCAUCUUAUAUGAAGGUCCCUGAUUUACCUAGACCCUCUCCAGGGGAACUUUUGUGGAACCAGCAAGUGAACAGAGACAUUCAGAUAAGUGAGGUCCAAUCUGAACAAAUCAAACAGACAAUGACUUCAGUGAAACUUCCAGAGAGUAACAUUCCACAGUGGGCCAGUGAUAUCUCAGAGGAGGAAUGGAGAGAUAAACUCAAGCAUCUAAUUAGUCAUGAUUCUUGAAAUUAACAAUACAAAUUUUCAUAUGAAAUAGUCCUAUCACAAUAAAUUUGGUUCCAUUCUUUUGCAGGGCAUAUUAAUAAUAUUUGGCAAAGUUUUUGUUGAUUGAUAAUAAAUCAUUUUGCCCAUCCUCGCACACCAGGGG